GCUGAUAAGGGGUUUUUUGUAUCUUUUUUCGUAUUCUUUGGUGAAUUCUUUGGUUGUCGGUUCUGUUCUUGUUGGCGAUAUUGAGAUCUGGUUCUUGAUGGUCUCUGCGUGGAUUACUGGUGGAGAGUUCUUGAAAGUCAGGGCUUCUUGAUGAUUAUUACUGCUUGAGCAUAGCUUUCUAAAAGCAGGUAGUAGUCAUCUGUUUGUUUGAUCUCUGUCGAUUUUCAACCGUCAAGUGUUCAUGUCUGAUCUUGACGUCCAGAUUCCAACUACAUUUGAUCCGUUUGCUGAGGCAAAUGCUGAGGACUCUGGUGCUGGAGCAAAAGAGUAUGUGCAUGUGCGCAUACAGCAGCGCAACGGCAGGAAGAGUCUGACCACCGUGCAAGGAUUGAAAAAGGAAUUUAGCUAUAACAAGAUCUUGAAGGAUCUCAAGAAGGAGUUCUGCUGCAAUGGUACUGUUGUCCAGGACCCAGAGCUGGGCCAGGUCAUUCAACUUCAAGGUGACCAACGGAAGAAUGUGGCCACUUUCCUAGUUCAGGCCGGCAUCGUAAAGAAAGAGCACAUUAAGAUACAUGGUUUCUGAGUAGCUGCAAAUCAAGGCAACAACAGUGUUACUAGACGGCAGUUGGACAUAAUAUUAUCUUGUUAGCUAUUUCUCUUCAUGCUUGAUAUAAUCUGUCCUGUGAGACUAUGGGAACACUUCUUCAGUUGCCUUGUUUCUGUGACCUGUCUUGGACUGAGGACGUAUGCUAUGUGGUGUUUUUUGUUAUUAACGACAGUUUGAAGUCAGCUUGUUUGAGUUUGAAUGACAGAACUUGUAGUUUGGGUACUUGGUAUUUUACUUUA